GGAUAAUUUCGUAUGUUGCACCGGGGGCUCUUUUUCUUUGGCAUCAUUGAACUCCAUCUUCAAGUUCAAAUAGGGGCAGACCGGCAAACUAGUUAUUACUGGCGUGUUCGACUGUUCGUGCGCUAAACUCGCCGGUCAUCCUUCCACUCACCACCUUACGGUCGCCACCGCUUUAACCGGUCAGCCCAUCAACUCCGACGAGGCGGCGAUUGACUGUACUACUUACCUCAACAUCGAAAUCGUUAGCACUUGGCAAGCUCCACCUCCAAGCAAACUCUACCGCCAUUCCCAUUUCAUUUACAGGUCACAAAGGUAAUGGACCAGCCUGGCGGCGGAGAAGAAAGGAAAGUAGUCACGUCAACAAAGGCGGAUGGGGAGCAAAAGGGCUCGGGACCGGUGGAGGAUCGGGUUCAGUAUCCUGAUCCAAAUACUGAAGCAGGGCCGCUUCUGGACGAUUCAAGUGCUUUGGAUGAGAACCAUAUCGAGAUUGAGAGUGGAAAGUCCGUGAACGCUUUGAAUAGAUCGAAGAAGUCGGUGAGGUGGAGCCAGGAAUUGGUAACGGAAUCGCCCAUACCGCGCACGAUGUCUUCCGAUGACCAUCGGUCCGGUCCUUAUGUCGCUUAUUCUUCAGCAUCUGCCAACGACAAUCCAUCUUCCUCCAAUUUCAAAAAUACAAUGGAGACAGUUAAAGAUGCCUUGGGGAGAUGGAGGAAGAGGGUAGGCGAAGCAACCAAAAAGGCCGAGGAUAUUGCGGGAAACACAUGGCAGCAUUUGAAAACGGGGCCCAGUCUUGCUGAUGCUGCUUUGGGAAGACUUGCACAGGGGACAAAAGUUCUAGCUGAAGGCGGGUAUGAAAAGAUAUUUCGUCAAACAUUUGAGACAGUUCCGGAGGAGCAACUUCAGGAUUCAUUUGCUUGUUACUUAUCAACAUCAGCUGGUCCAGUUAUGGGGGUUUUAUACGUGUCCACUGCAAAGCUUGCAUUUUGUAGUGAUAAUCCUCUUUCGUACAAAGCCAGUGACAAGACAGAAUGGAGCUAUUAUAAGGUAGUUAUCCCUUUACAUCAGCUAAAGGCUGUUAAUCCUUCAUCAAGCAGAACAAACCCUUCCGAAAAAUAUAUACAAGUCAUAUCAUUGGAUACUCAUGAAUUUUGGUUUAUGGGCUUUCUUAACUACAAUGGGUCAGUUCAGUGCUUGCAAGAUGCUUUGGAUGCUCACAACUUGCAAUCCGUUUGAUGAGUAAAUCCAGUUGGCAACACAUACCCGUGAUUGAAAAGCACAAUUUUGCGUUUCUGAUAGUCAGGGCCAGGUUGAAUGCUUUGGUGAAGUGAAAAGCACAAUAUAUACUACAUGUCUUUUCAAAAAUAGGGAUGUUAUCUGAUGUUAGAUAAAUGGAUCAGCAUCACUAUUAUUGCUCUGAUCCUUGUAAGUUGAAUGAGCAUGCUAUAGUGUGCAAUUCUUGUUUUAUAUUUUCUUUUCAUAUAAGAGAACACAAGGGACAGUGUCAUCAUACCUUGUCAAUAUUGCGCAACAGUUUUGCUCUUUUCCAUUUUCUCUAUUCUCAAGUAGUCUUCUACUCUUUGGUAGAUUUCCCCAUU